GUGACGAACGGCGAGAUGAACGAAGAUGAUUCCUUUAAGGUGGGAGGUUUUCCCCACUAUUCGUAUCCGGAAAAAAGAGUCGGCUCGGAAGAGAGUCGAGCGGAGAAGAUAGUUUUGAGCAGCCGGUCGUCGCAGACGCGUCUAAGGAUCCGUUUCGCGUUUUCGAGGUGGAAUCUCUUAAGAAAAAAUUUUUUUUUUAAGGGAUCGCGAAUCGAUUCCACGGGAAACACGACGCGCUCAGGUCCAAAAGGAAUAGGAGCGAUGCGUCGUCCACCGGGUAUCGUGCAGUGGACAUCGUUCCUGGUCCUGCUGUUCGCGGCAGUUCACGCAACUUCGGCGAAGCAGCCGCAUAUUAUCUUUAUUCUAGCGGACGAUUUGGGAUGGAACGACGUCGGUUUUCACGGUUCCGGUCAGAUCCCAACACCAAAUAUCGAUGCGCUAGCGUACUCCGGGUUGCUUCUUGAUAGAUAUUAUGUCACACCGAUCUGCACUCCGUCCAGAAGCGCCCUGAUGACCGGCAAAUAUCCCAUUCACACUGGAAUGCAGCACGGCGUUCUCAAAGGUGCAGAACCGAGAGGAUUGCCACUUCACGAGAAGCUCUUGCCGGAAUAUCUGCGCGAACUUAACUACAGCACGCACAUCGUCGGCAAAUGGCACCUAGGAUUUUACAAGAAGGAUUACACUCCUACUUACAGGGGAUUCGACACCCACACCGGUUAUUGGACGGGUCAUCAUGACUAUUUCGAUCACACGGCCGUUGAAAGCCCUUAUUGGGGCUUGGACAUGAGACGGGGCAUGGAGCCGGCGUGGGACCUGCACGGUCAAUAUUCCACGGACGUUUUCACGAAGGAGGCGGUGAGACUGAUCGACAGGCACAAUUCUAGUCAGCCGAUGUUCCUAUACUUGGCCCAUGCAGCCGUGCACUCUGGAAACCCUUACAAUCCGCUACCGGCGCCGGACGAGGAAGUCGCCAAGUUCAACAAUAUCUUCGAUUACAAUCGAAGACGUUUCGCAGGUAUGCUAAGUAAACUGGAUCAAUCCGUGGGCCAAGUAGUUGAAGCUCUGUAUAAGAAAGACAUGUUGCGAGACUGUAUAAUCAUCUUCUCGACGGACAAUGGUGGGCCUGCCGCUGGAUUUAAUUUGAAUGCGGCAUCUAAUUGGCCACUGAGAGGAGUCAAGAAUACUCUUUGGGAAGGCGGCGUCAGAGGUACGGGAUUAAUAUGGUCUCCCAAACUGAUGCAUUCUGGUCGAGUGAGCAGGCAAAUGUUACACAUUGCCGAUUGGCUGCCGACACUUAUAACAGCCGCCGGCGGUAAUCCGUCGAACUUAACCGUCGACGGCAUGGAUCAGUGGCAUGCACUUAGCGAAGAUACCGAAUCACCGCGCGCGAGCGUUCUUCACAACAUCGAUGACAUUUACGGUACAUCUGCUAUCACGGUUGGCGACUGGAAGCUUAUUCAGGGGUCUACUUAUAAAGGCUCGUGGGACGGAUGGUACGGUCCAUCCGGUAGGGAAUGGGUCUACGACGUGGACAGCGUGAUCAACAGCACGACAGCACGUGCCAUCGCUAGUGUAGGAGUAGGCAUUACCGCAGAAGCUGUUCGAACACUGCGCGAAAACGCGAUGCUCAAGUGCCCGCCGCGGAAUGACAGUCUACCUCUUUGCAAACCGUUGGAGGAAAAGUGCCUCUUCAACAUCUAUCAAGAUCCUUGUGAAGAAAAUAAUCUUGUUAAUCAGUUUCCUACGAUCGUCAGGAAGCUUCAGGACGAGCUGAAGAAGUUCAGCAGCAGCGCGAUUCUUCCUGGAAAUCUUCCAUGGGACAGCAAGGGUGAUCCGAAUUUAUGGGAUCAUACUUGGAACAAUUUUGGAGAUUAUGUUAAUGUUAUGGUGAACUCUGCAUCCUGAUCGAUUAUCGUAGUCUGAAGGAUUUCAUCUUCCAACGGAGUGAUAAAUAAUUCGUGCAAAAAGCACAUCAGAAAAAAUGUGUUGCGUAUGUCAGCACAUAUUUGUUAUGCUAUGAAGAAAUCUGUAUAAUUGGGAAAAAAAUGUAAUCUUUGCUCCUUACUUUCAUCUCUAUGCAUCAACAAUAAAAAGAUGUACGUCAUCGAUAGAUUAUAAAAAUAUCCGGGAUUAUAAUUAGAGAUGUUAUUUUAUUUAUAAUAUAAUUAUAUUAGUGACCUUAUAUUUUAUUGCUCAAUUUGUUAACGUAAUUUUACAACAGCGAUUUCGAUAUGUUUUAAUAAAGAAGGUAUGUGUAUAUAAAGAAUUUUAUUAAGGACAAAUAAAUCGGAAUGGUCAAUGGUGAUUAUUAUUGAUCAUUUCUCAAUGUACAAGUA